AGCCUUCUGCCGUUAAAUCGGUCUAGUGGGUUCAUUAGUACCGAGCCGCUGAAGUAGCUGCAUUCGAGCAGGAGCUCCGAGCGUCGGGUCUAAGGUUGAAGAGGGGCCGCUGGUCGGAGCCAUGUUGGUGUAACCGGAGGACCGUUGAUGAAGCGGCGGCUGCAGCUCUGAUCAGUUCCUGGUGAGUCUCUGUGGGUUUUUCCUCCUUGCUCGUGGCCUCGCAGGUCAUUCCUCCAGCAGCUGGAGGUCUGCAGUCUUGUUGUCAUGGAGCUUAAAAUGGAGUCCUGCUGAAUAAAACAUGGAGUCCUGGGAAAAGUAAUCACACACUGUACUUGCGACUGUCCACUGUGAAGCAGCAUGAACGGAUAUGAAACUCCAGCUCUGGCCUCUGGCACCUUCAGCUCCUACAGCUCCAAUGUCAAUGGCCACAGCUCUUCAUCUCCGGAGCCUCAGAGACAGAAAGCCAAGUCCAGUGCCAAAACUCUGUACGAACAAAGAAAAAGCUACACCAAGGCCAGUAUCAACAGCCUGACGGACACGUCGCAGUACCAUGUGGAGCAUCUCACCACCUUCGUGUUGGACCGUAAGGACGGGAUGAUCUCGGUGGACGAUGGGAUCAGACGUCUGCGGCUGCUGGACGCUAAAGGGAAGGUCUGGACCCAGGAGGUUCUGCUGCAGGUGGAGGAAAAGACGGUCAGCCUGGUGGACCUGGAGACUAAGAACGAGCUGGAGAACUUCCCCAUCUCCUCCAUCCAGCACUGCCAGGCCGUGAUGAACGCCUGCAGCUACGACUCCAUCCUGGCUCUGGUGUGUAAAGAAUCGGGUCAAACCAAACCGGACCUGCAUCUGUUCCAGUGCGACGACAUCAAAGCGAAUCUGAUCCACGCAGACGUAGAAAGUGCCAUGAUCGAUGCCAAAGGAGGCAAAGUGAAGAAGCGGCCGGAGGCUCUGAAGAUGAUCCUGAAGAGCAAUUGCGCCAUCCCCCCUCCCCCUGCUGCCCCCGCCCCCGAACCGCCUUCGUCGACCAAUCCGGUGGACGUAAAGAGCCGAGCGGCAGCCUGGUCGGCGUGGACUAAUGAGCAGCAAGACUUUCUGGUUCCGGCUACAGACGAGCGGCAGCGGCAGCUCUCGGGGGACGGUGGUCCGGUGGAGAUGACGGCGACCCGGGUGGACGGAGACGUGCAAAUCCUGAACCACAUCCUGGACGACAUCGAGUUCUUCGUCACCCAGCUUCAGAAGGCUGCCGAGGCUUUCAACGAGCUCUCCAGGAGGAAGAAGGCCAAGAAAGGCAAGAAGAAAGGUCCGGGAGAGGGCGUCCUGACACUGAGAUCCAAACCUCCCAGUGAGGAUGAGUUCGUGGACUGUCUGCAGAAGUUCAAACAUGCCUUCAACCAGCUGGGGAAGCUGAAGGAACACAUCCAGAACCCGAGUGCCGUGGAUCUGGUCCACUUCCUGUUCACUCCUCUGAAGAUGGUGAUCCAGAUGUCCGGCAGCGUGGAUCUGGCUCGUAGCGUCGUGGUUCCACUGCUGACCAGAGAAACCAUCGAGUUCCUUCACGCUGCUACGACGGCCGAGGAGAGACACCUGUGGGUCGCCCUGGGAGACGGAUGGACCAAGUGCAGGCUGGAGUGGCCGAAGGACUACUACUUCCCUCCUUCGGUGCUGAAGUUCCGUGACGGUUGGGAACCUACGCUGGUUCCGGGGGUGACUAGAGAACAGGAACUGGCUCAGCUGGCCGAGAGUCCGUCCAACACCGACAUCCAAAGAACCGAAGAUCUGACGAUGCGACUCGGUCAGGAGGUGGCGCUGCAGAGGUUCCCUCCAGCAGACGGGUACGACUUCUCCUCCUCCAAACGGAUCCAGAUCCUGGAUCAGGACACGGCUGUAGCUGCUUUCAAACACGCCAUCAGCCGACGUGUUGACCGCUUCGAUGACGAUGGCCGGGCGCUGCAGAAACUUUUUGCCAAAUGUAAAUACGACUUUGUGGCGAGAAACAACACAGAAUUGUCUGUUCUCAAAGACGACGUGGUUGAGGUUCUGGACGACAGGAAGCAGUGGUGGAAGGUCCGUAACAUGAUGGGAUCGAGCGGCUACGUGCCAAACAACAUCCUGGAGAUCACCAAAGCUGUGGACCUGAGCGGCCGAGGAGAACCCAUCUACAGCCACACAAUCCAGCUCAUGAUGCCAAAGAAGGAGUUUGAGUUGUUUAAGCAACUUCUGGGAGAACUCAACGAGAAACAAACCACCAGAACCGACUUCCUGCCCAGUAAACCCGCCGCCACGCCGAUGCCCCCAGCCCCCGCCCCACCUCCGGCUCCUGCCAUGCCGCCAAUGCCGCCGCUGCCGCCACCAGCCGCCGAACCCACCAAGAUCACCCGAAAGAACAGCAACACGUCCAGCGACAACAGCAGCGUCACCUUGAGGGAGAACAGCGGCCAGAAACCUGCCGUCAGCCGUCGGAAGUCCAACAUGGAGGAGGUCCAGGACGAGCUGAUGACCAGACUGACAUUGGGUCGGAGUGCCCAGAAGAAGUUCCAGAUUCCUUCUCGCAGCAGCAGCCUGCAGACCAUCAGCAUCACCUACGACUCGUCUCCAGACCAAGUCAGGACCUGGUUGGAAGCCAAAGCCUUCAGUCCAGUGACCAUCACCAGUCUCGGUGUUUUAACUGGAGCUCAGCUGUUUUCUCUCAACAAGGAGGAGCUGAAGACAGUUUGUCCCGACGAUGGAGCUCGAGUCUUCAGUCAGGUGGCCGUCCAGAAGGCGGCGCUGGAGAAGAGUUCAGGCUCUGAGCUCCAGGAGAUCAUGAGGAGGCGACAGGAGAAACUGGCUGCCGAUUCGGGCAUUGAGUCUUUUGACGAAGGCCGCUGAGCUCCUCCUUCCUCUUCCUCUGUUUGUCCAGGCGGCCACCAACUACCAAGAGUUCCUGCACAUCAUGAAGCGGCGCCAGGAGCAGCUCAGCUCGUCUCCGUAGAAUCUCCAGUAGAACUUCCAGACCUCCAGUAGAACCUCCUGCCACGUUUGCCUGAAGAAGUUCACUCUUUGGGAACUUUAUGUUGUUGGUUUUUUUUUUACCGUGAAGAGAAGAGAAGCUGCUCAGAAGCUGGAUUCCAAAGUUAAACCUCUCAGUAUUAAAGUCGGGACGGAGGUCCGAGUCUGUCGGGUUCCAUCGGCGCCGUCAGUCACAGAACAAAGAAAAAAAACUGGACAAACUGAACUUCCUGCAUCCGAAGAUCUUCAGAAAAGUUCACCAUCUGGAUCUGGUUCCAACAAAUGAAUAUUUUAAGGUACAAAAUGACAGAUUUAUCCAAAUUUACUGUAAAAAAAAAAAAAAAACCCAAAAAACAAAACGGUCAAAAAUCAUACAAAAUCUGUUCAAAAUGAUUUAAAAAUAAGUUAAAAACUGUCCAGAGCAACAAAAAACUGUAAAAUGAGCCCAAACUGAGAAGAAAAGGAUCAAAAACACCAAAAACUGACAUAAACCAAGACUUUUAUCCAAAAGUGACCGAAAACUCCAAAAUAAUCAACAUUUGUGACUCAGAAUGAGUCUAAAAUAAGAACAAUUCACCCAAAAAUUACACAAAUUUCCACCGAAGGACAUAAAAUUCUCCAAAAUGAGAGAAAAUCUGUGAAAGGAUUCAAACUACAGACAGGAAGUUUAGAUUCUUUAUUGUGUGACUGACAGGAAAUCUAAAAUCAUUGUGAUGUUGAUGUUUAUUAUUUCAGAUGUUUUAACUAAUCGAUGGUAGAACUGGUUCUAAUUUAUGAGCUGAAUGUGAUUUAGAUCAGAUUUAUUGAUUAGAGAUCAGCUGAUCAGAUGAUGGUCAAAGUGUAAAUGUUUAAACCUGUAAGAAAAAAAAUUCAGUUUUAAUCCGUGAAAGUCUGAAUGUAAAUCAGAUGAAUGUUUCCAUAGCGACGGGCAUGGCCUCGUCUGAUUGGUCAGUGACGGUCAGGUGAUGAAGCAGCUACAGGUUUUAAUUUUUUAAUUUAAAUCCAGUCAAAUUAAACCUCCACAGUUUAAAAGACAUAAAAUGGACAAAGUACAGCAGGAUUAGGGUUAACCCAACGCUGCCAACAUGGCACUGGAAAAAUUUAGUAAAUCAGUGAAACAUUCAAACCAGCAGAUAAACAGGAAGCUGCUGUUUUACAGAGUUUUUUUUCUGGUGGAUCUUCUGGCUCCAGAUCGAUGAAAAGACGUUGAACAAAAGGCUCAACUCUUGUUCCGUGAUGUUGCAUCGAAGCAAAAAUACCUCCAAAAUUUACAUUUUUUAUCUCCUGAAUUACAGAUUUCAUUACAACGUUCGUUAAAACUUCACGAAAGUAACUUCUUGCCUUCAUGACUUCCGUCCAGGUUUGGACAUCAGAAUAAAAACCGUCGUCUCUGUGGAACAGAUUUAAAACGUCCUGCUUGUAAAAAGUUUAAAUUCAAAGCUGCAGCUCGUUUCUCUUCAGUAACAAACAGCUGAUUCUGCUUUUACUGACCAGCGAGACCAAACACUGUAAAAACUCUAAUUCAUCAUAAAGCCUGUGUUCAUUCACCUGAAGCUCCUUCAGCUGCUCUGAUUUAAAUAAAAUGAAAUAAAUCUGAGUUUAGAAUAAAUUAAAGAUGAUUCAAGGACGUGAUCCUUCAGGUGUUUCCGUUCGUGCAGGUCAUGAACUCUUCUGUUAUUUAAACUCUGAUUAGAAUUAAAUCUAAAAACACAAACUAGUAAAACUCGACUGUUAUGAAGCCUUUAGUUUCUUUAGGAUCACUGAGGAUUUGAUUGAUUCUGUUUCCUCUGAAAUCAUCUGAACUGUAGCAGAACUCAGACCAAACUGCAGAUUAAUUUUGAGAUUAAACUCCAUAUUAAAUUUCAGAUUAAAUUUCAGAUUGACCUCUAGUUUGUCGCUUCUUGUUGCUGAUAAAUUUCGUAGUUGAACCACACUCCUUAGAGGCCAAUCAGGAAGAAUCUCUGUCUGAAUAGUUUAUUUGUGCCUUUUCCCAUUAAAAUCUGCUCGUUCUGCAAUAAAACAUUUACAAAAACUACAAUUCCUGCAUCCUGAUUUUUUUAUUCAUGUUAUUCACUGAUCCUCAACCUCAGAAGAUACAAACUAAACGAAGAUACUUUGGACGACAUACUAAACUAUGACAGUUUCAUGACAUUUUGGACAGCAGGAUUAGUAAGGUUAGGGUUGUGAAAAAUUAUCUCGACAACUCCACCCACCCAAACUGGGCAGUUUGGAAUAGCGAGUCGAAGGUAGUGCACUGGCCACCGCUCGCGGUCGAUACCCUCUGGCUCUUCCUUGAGGUAUGUCUGUCAUACUGUUGGGUCCCUCAGGGGGCUUGAGUUUUCUGACUACCUUUCCCUUUUUGGUAAGUAUAGUUUAGUUGUGGUUCCCGGAACCAGUCUUUGUUUUAGUACUUGGGUAAGUUUAUGCUGCUAAUAGGUGUUUUUUUUUUUUUUGUCUACAGGUAAUUGCUUUUCAGGUAAUUCUUUUACUUUUAUCUGUAAGUAGUUUCUGAUUAUUUCCAGGUAGGUAUUCUUCAGGUAAGUAUUGUGAGGUGUUUUGUAUUUGCAGGUAAAGUGUUGGUGUACUGAAGUAAAUUCAUUGGUUUUUUUAGAGGUAAGUGUUAUUGUUGUUUACAGGUAAGUAUUACGGUAGAUUUUAGAUUAAGGUUAUGGUUAGAUUGGAGUUGGGGAUAGGCCUAUGGUGUAAAGGUUAGGGUUUGGGUGGGGGUGGUAGGGUGGGGGUUAGGGUUAGUUUAUGAUAUACUAUCUUAAUGACUCCCCCCACCUGGGCAAGGUAGUUUGAGUAGGGAGUCAAAGGCAAUGCAUGGGCCGUUGACCGUCUGUUGCACUCUCCGGUCCAAUGAUCCUUAAGUAGGUCCACUGGACUUUAAUUCAAUUAAUACUUACAGUUAAGUAUUGUCUCCUGAUGACUCCCCCCACCUAGUAAGGUGCCUUAUACAGAUAGUCGCAUGUAGUGUAAUUAACGUAUGUUGAGUCCAUGUAUUUGUGUUACAAAUACACAGAUAUGGGUCAAGUCUGAAUACAGUACUUGAACUCCCAUUGUCCUUCCAUUAAGCUGACAAUUAUACCUUCUUUCGAGUAUUGCUACAACUGGCUUUAACCAGAUGUUCUUUUCAAGGUUGCGUGAUCUAGGGUUAGAGUUAGGGUUUGGUUUAGGUUUAGGGGAUGCUCUUGAUGUAUAGUCAAGACAUCCUCCAAUGUAAGUAGAAAAUUACACAAUUAUAUAGUUCGCAAUUACCUUUUGUAGCAAUAUUUACAAUUUUGUGACAGUACUUUAUUUCAUCUUUAUUUCUCUCCCUGCAGGUUCCCCCCAUCUACAAGUCCCGGUCCCCCAGUGAGGAGGCAUCCCUUCAACAGGUAAGUAUGUUUCCAUUAUCAGGUAAGUUUGUGAAGUUCCUCUUCAGGUAAGUAUGUACUUAAUAUCAGAUUAAAACACAUUUCAAAGGACUCAGCCAUGUAACCACCUUUAAGUUCAAUGACAAAUUCAUAAAUAAAUAAAUAAAUAAAUAAAUAGGCAAAUAAAUAAAACACACAUGCAUUGUGUUGAAAAAUAAGUGCUGAAAUAUCUAUAUAAAAAAUCAAUUUUCAUGCAGUUUUAAAACCCAUGCCAGAAAGAAAGUAAACUCAUAGUUGUAAGAAUAAAAUUUUAAAAGCACUGCAAACUCAGAUUAAAACAUAUGUACAAUAAGAGUUGAAAAGGUAAAAAAUUUAAAUAAUUAAACUAAUAUACAAAAAUGUGUCCUUAAAGUGGUAACAUCCUGAAUAAACCUCCUUUUAUGUCCUUCUGUUUCUUUACAGUUUUCCAUACUUUGUCCCUGCAGUUCCUUGGUCAGACCAGGAGAUGGAGCCAGAGGCCUGUGUUCAAUCCAGCCUCUCAUUCAGACCAAAGGGAUGGUGAGUAUUGAGUCUGGUGAUCCAACUCCUCUCUGUUCUUUGUCUUUGUUGCUUUGUCCAUUGCAGGUUCUGUUCAAGACUGAAGAUUCAAAUGGAGUCCACGGCAUGCUCCUGGAAGUGUUGAGAGGACUUUGGGUAUUGAGGCUGCAAGAUCCACCAUCAUCAAUGAGGUUCAGUACACCAUGGUCAACCACGGAAUGAGCAUCGACCGGCGUCACGUCAUGCUUCUUGCUGAUCUUAUGUCCUAUAAGGACCAGACCUGCUGGGAUCUGUACAGAUGUCUUGAUGAGGGUGGGAGUGGUUUCAGUAAAGGAGAGCUGGAUCAGUCUACAAACACAUUGUUGUAACCAGUGUGGGAAAUCUUUCAGGCAGUCAAGUUAUUUGAAACGUCAUAUGCUCAUCCACACGGAAGAAAUUAGUUUUUUACUGUGAUAUUUCCUCAUGUUUGACAAAGUGGUUAUUAUCUUAACUGUGAAAUAAAAGCCCUCCUUAAACGUUAUUUAAUCUAGUCUCUUUUUCAAAAGAGGCCUGAGAACAACAGACAUUCCAAUAAACUACCCUUAGUUAGUAAAGUGAAACUAAAUCAAUCGUAUUUUUAACUAUUGUAACCAAACCUCCACUGCCAUAUUAGAACAGGAUAUGCUUUUAUUUCUAAAACAUUGCCAAUGAUUUUGACAAAUCAUUCUGUGGUUUUAUUUGAGAAAGUUGUUGCCCCAGCAUUGUCCUACAGGGGGCAGUUGUUUUAAAACUACAUUUGUCUUCCAUGUGUCACCAUUUGCUUGCAUAUUUCAUAAACAUCACAAUCACUAAUUUCCAACUCUAUACUGAUGAUAUUUUCCUGGUUUUCUUAGCUGGCUGGAGAUGAAUUUUUGCAUCCCUAUCCUGAUUUUCAUUAUCGAGGCUCGCUUUUUCCCCUAACAUUCUCCCACAACGGGAGUGUUUGACCUUUAAAGUCACGGUUUCUUCUACUGACCGGCACCUUUAUGAUUAAUCCUUGCAGCUCUACUGCAUGAUCUACUGUUUGCUUUACCCCGUUAGUCAUUCUCUACUAACACUGCAGUUUCUGCUGCUGCUGGUUUUCAACAAAUUCCAGGAGAAGAACAUACAUUACUCCCAUUCACGUCUCCCUGUGAUUUACUAUUGAUUUAGCUGAUUUAGCUUUAAAGCACAGCAUGCUCCCCUUCUGUCUUCCGUUAGGCUCUGCUAAGCCUCCUGCUGCUGAAGCUUCUUACCUGAGCAUUGGUUUGGAAAAAUAAGUAAAUAAAGUCCAAGGACUCACCUAUGUGGGCCCCUCAAAAUUUUUCAUUAUCACUCCCUGUUUUACCUCUGCUAUUUUUUUCGUCAUGUUUUUUAAUGAUUUAUUCAGUGUUAUUGUAUAACUUUGUUUUUCAAAGCGGUGUCAAUGUUUUAAAGCUUUAUACCCAUGGGAGAUGACUUUUAAUGUGUUUUUCAUCCCACCAAACAGAGGUGGGAUAUUUGUAUGCAUUGCACUUAUCAGCCAGGAAUAGAGCUAAAGAUGAAAUAACCCAGGUUUGACUCCUCUCUCAGUAAAAAGUAUUUUUCUGUACAAACUGUCUCUUAAUGUUAAAUGAAUGCAUUUAACUUGCAUAUGAACUGUUCCAUCAGUCGCUUUGGUUUGACAUCAAACAAACAGUUUAUUGCCAUUUCAAAAUGAAUGCAUCCCUUUCCAUUUGACAAACAAAGGAAGUUUUUCUCUCAGCAAAAUAUAGGCUUUGUUAUAAUAAUAAUAAUAAUAAUAAUAAUAAUAAUAAUAAUAAUAAUAAUAAUAAUAAUAAUAAUAAUAACAAUAAUAAUGAUCAACCCAAGAGCUGAAUAACAGGUGGAGAAGGAUUUAACAAUGCAGAAAAAUCUACAAAAAGAAACAAAAACAAAAAAACCAAGGAGGACAAGCACAAAUUCUUUGGACUUGCUUGGUAACCAACUACAGAGCAGGUGGUGGGAUAGUAGGCUGAAGCCUGGAGGCUGAAAUCACCAAAAUGUGGGCAGAAAAAAACACAUGCGCUGAAAGCUAUCCAGACCUUGCGACGUGGACAUACUUAACGUAAUUCAAAAAACUAACAAAAACAAGGAGUGAGCUAGAAUAACAGAAAUGUUAGCAUGCUAUUCUAAUGUAGCAAGCUACAGGACCGAUUCAGGGCAUUAACUUACUGUUUACAUGCUGCCAACAACAUGGACUGCACUCACAUUUUGCUGAAUGAUUUUGUGGAGGUUGAUCAGAACAAUUUGAUGCCUCAUCUCAUUUCCCAGUUUGUACGUCUGCAAUCUGAGGAGUCAAGGCAACAGGCAUUUCAUUUAAAUGAGACAUCUUUGCCCUGGAGCUGUUGUUUUAAUGUGGCAUCAGUUAAACACAACGCAGCUGCAUCAUCUGUCUAUUGUUUUGCUAUAAUAUACCCCUGUUAUACAUUCUACUAUUUUAAGAUCCCUGUCAGGAGCAGAAAAGUGUUCAUGAUAACUUACAAUACAUAAUUACUCAUAAUUCAAUUCACAAUGUGGCAACAUGUAACAAGAACGUACAGAUGAUAUCCUUUCAUUAUUUAGCAAACACUGGCGGUGAAGGAUAAAAGGCAUAACAUACAAAAGAGUACUAUACAAACAAAGAGUGACAAGUAUUCUGGUGAGAUGAGCCUAGAGCCAGAAGUAGUGUGCAUGAUAACUGUCUUCCAUUCAGUUAAGUGUUGGGUUGAAUAUGAAAAGGCUGUUGUAGGAGUAUGUUUUGUUCAGCUUAUUAAAACUCCUCUUGGUCAAACACA